UUCUAAUGACCAUUGAAUUUCCUGGAAAUGAAGAUUUUACCCAUAUAAGCCAUAAAUGCAAUUAUUUUGUGCAGAGAAGGGAAAAAAACAAUUCACUGCUAAUCCAUACUAAAUCAUCUCACAUGGCACAAUACAUUACUGAUCUCUUUUAGGUUUUUUUUUUUAAUCUAAUUUUCCUUCGCCUCAGAUUGAAGGAAAACCAGUCUCCUAUCUCAUGUGUCUUGGCUUCAUUUAGUAAUAUCUAAUGCACAAAAAAUAUUAUUUGUUUUUUGUUCUCUUAUUACUCUACUCCUCUUGUUUCUUAGGCCACCUCUCUCUCUCUCUCUCUAUCUCUCUCAUUUCUUUUCUGUAACCAGUAACAGACAGCUUUCCUCUGCAGUCUGCUCUGCUCCAUUUCAGAUGAAAACAGAACAUGCUUCCUUUGAGUUUUCCUAGAAUCACUUACAUUCUCAGACCUUCAAUAAAGCUGCAGUGAUCUCUUGUCUUGUCCUCUCUAUCCUUUCUUUGGAACUCUGACUUCCCAAGUCUGAAUAAUAUCUGCUGUCUAUGUUCAUCCUCAAAUCCUCUUCUCAUAGCCAUCAUCUUUGAAUCUUUUUUCCACCCUUUUUUUCUCACCUCUUAUAACUUCUGUUCCCUUUCUUUAAUUUAGCAUCCACUAUUUGCUCCUAAAAUCACUCUCUCUUUGAUUCCACUGUCUUUUAUGUGCUAGCAAGAAUCUUCCCAGACCAUGAUCACCAGUAUGUGCUCGGAAACAAGCCCUCGAACAUCUUUCUCUAAUGAUCUUGUCCAAGAAAAUGACAGAGAAACUGAGCAAGUGUCAAGAAGGGACACGACAUUACUGGACUCAGAUUCUGAUUUUGAGUUCAGUAUUUGCAGUAAUUUAGGCCAUGAAUCUUCUCCGGCAGACGAUCUUUUCGCAGAUGGCAUGAUCCUGCCAGUUCAAAUUCAAGAAAGAAUUACUGCCUCCAAGGAAAUAUACAGACAUGAAUCGCCACGAAGAGCUUCACUUCCUCCUCUUCCAUGUCCUCCUCCAAAUGAGAAUUUAACUAAAGAUAGCAUGAGAGAGUUAAUGGUUGUGAAUUCUGAUCAGUUUGAGGAAAAGCCUCAGCCCAAGUCUUUCUGGGGAUUCAAGAGAAGCAGUAGUCUCAAUUAUGAUAUCAAGAGAAGCCUAUGCUCAUUAACACUUUUGUCACGAAGCAACUCAACAGGUUCUGUGCCAAAUUCAAAGAGAACAACAUUGAAGGACACGCACAAGAGCAAUUCACAGAAGCAACAAUCAACUGCCAUGGAAAAGUCUGCAUCAUCAUCAUCUUCUUCUUCGGUGUCUAGUUUAGUGUAUUCAUUACCACAAAAGCCUCCAUUGAAGAAGAGUGGAUAUUAUGGUAAGAUUAGUCCAGUCUUGAAUGUUCCACCUCCUUACAUUUAUAAAGGAGCUGCAAAUCUCUUUGGUCUGGGAUCCUUUUUGCGCAAUGGAAAGGAAAAGAAGAUCAGAAAGUGAUCAUUUUGAUCCUUUAACCAAUGAAAUGAUCUUAUUUUCAAAAUUAUAGUUUUGUGGGUUCUUGUGGUUUUUGCUGAUCCAAGUCAUGUAAUAUUUUCUUGGAAGCUAGCAAGGAGAAAUUAUAGAGGUUAGGAAUUAAGAGAGCUAAUUAAGUGAAUUGUAUAUAAUAAUGCCAAUAAGUGAUUAGGAGGCUUGGAAGGAGGAUGUUCAAUGAUCAUGCAUAUCAACAUGUCACAAGCUUAGGAGACAGAAGAACAGAAUGCCUCUCAACAUGCAUUGCCUUGUAUCACUAUGGAUAAAACGAAAAAGGUAAAUUUACCAAAGCUGCUCAUAAUGCUAAUGCAAAUUGUGCAGUGGCGAUGUAGCAGCUUCAAUUGUUGGAAUUAAUUUUGAAUUCAAAGUGUUUUUUUUUUGUUAA